AUGGUGAUGAUUCACUCAUGGCCAGGUGGUGAACUCAAAGACCUUGCCGACGAUCUCGAGUCCGGUGGGGAUCUGGCAGAUGAAGAGCAGCACGUUGAUGGCGUUGAGCGCGAUGUGGAGGCUGCGUGCGGUCUCGUCCCCCUUCUGCAUCGCCGGGACGAGCACGGCCGCGGCCGCCCACAGGACGGUGAUGGCAGCGCCCGCGAAGAGGUGUGGGCUCGGGAACACUUGCCGGUGCGGAACCAAGUGUUGAGCGCGCCGCCGACGGACUCGAGCACGCCGAGGCCGAGCAGGAUGAACCCCACGUUGAAAUGCCGGUCUCGGAACAACCCCUUGAUCAGCGCCUUCCGCUCCUCGCUAGAUGACGUAGUAUCUCGGGCAGUGAAUGGAAUGAAGCUGUACAUGGUUGCUCCAUUUUUGAUGGGUCUUAAGGCUUGGAUUGCCACGCAUCCUCCACCACUGCAUCAGAAACCAGAGACAUCUGCUAGAGGUACUAUGUGGAAGGCGAAGAAUUCGUCAAGUGGCAGUACCCCAGUGGAGAACCCUAUUGCUAAAGCAGUAUCUGACGUGCAGGCGCAUCAUGUUGACAACCGCCCUGGUCGCAGCUUCAGAAACUUCAGGUUUGACACGGCAAGCAUCCUGCAGGCCAUGGAGGCUUACUUACGACGGACCUAG